AUACAUCGAUACGCGUAAUAUUAAUCGAUAGAGAUCGCGAUUUGUACACAUGCAACAUUGCUGUUUCCCCAUAGCGCAUCAACCAAACAUUAAUUUCGCUUAUUGUUGCCUGUGUUAAGAAACUCAUUCAAAAUGCACGAAGAAGAAACAGCAGAGCGUCCAGUGUCGUCCAGCCAAUUGUUUCGACGGUUUCUGCAAUGCAUGGAAGAUGGCCAAAUACGCAGGGAGCUGUCCGACGAUUGUAUUUUAUCUUUUCUCGGACGCUGCGUAAAGGGCGCUGGACCUGUAUCAAGUUAUAUGCGCGCACAACUCGUAGGACGCUAUAAUCAUAUGGAGUUUUUGGAUGCGCGGCAAUGUAAUGAAUCAGAGGAAUCCGCGCUCAAAGAGCGCUUCAGACGUAGCUUUCAAUUGCUGCGCAGUCGAUUUAAGCAGCCAGAAGUGUUGCCCACAUCGAUGCAUUUGCGUGCUGAAAGCGACGAAGAGGUAGAAGAGGAGGAGGAGACUGCAAGUGCAAGCUGUGUCAAGCAAUUGGUAACACCCCCGCGCUCUUCUGCACCGGCUGACGGCAUCGAGUUGAUGCAGUGCAUCACAGCCAGCGGAUCACUGCAGGCAUCGCAUAAGCAUAGCGACGGCGGCAUUGAGCUAAGCGAAAACUGCAAGAUGUCAUUAACGCUAGGCUAUCGUGGCAAUACACUUGGACACAAAGAUGAUACCUCCAGUGAUAUUUGCCUGAUUGUCUACGAGAAGGUGAGGCUUAGGACUCCCGCCGUGCAACGUCAUUCGCGGAUGCGAAGCGCACGAAAUGUAUUAACCGACGAUGAAGGCGAGGUGCCGGCACCUCGGAGCGUCCGUCGAACGCUCUUCAGCAACACCGAUGACUGCGAUGAAGAUGCAGUGCAGCCGGCCAUAGAUGAUAGUUCACCUCUUCUGCUGCCGCGCAAGCGCCAACAUAAGGGCGAUUCGAGUGCGAGGAAAACCAAACGCUCAAAUGUACUUGGCGGUAUGCGCUUUUAGGUUUGUUCCAUAUUGGAUUCAUCGAUAAUUCGUCGGAAUUAGCAUUAGCUCGCAGCGUACCAAACGUAAUUAUAUAAUUCAAGUGGCGCCCAUUUUGGAUGUUGCUUGCGAAGACUGAGUCCACCCGGAAAGAUUUUACAUAUAUUAACAAAUGAUGUUGUGUACGAUGGACUGUUAGCGUACUAAGUUACUUCAAACAUAUACACUUACUAUGUAUAUUAAUUAUAUUUUUGUAAUUUAUUAGGUGUUAUAAUAAAAUUCAAAUAUA